CAUACAUAUGGCUAUCAAGAAAGAUGAUGGUGACUACAUAGAUCCUACUAAAUACCUUGAAUUCAGACCUGUUACAAUGCCCAAAUGGAAACAGGAAUGUGAUGACUACAAACUUGUCUUCAAGGGAGUUACGUUAGCUGCUGGUGUGAUCGUAGGACUAGGUGGCCAAAAGGAGGAAAAUAAUAACACCCAAAUUGCAAAUGCUAGCCAAGCAAAACCUAUUGAUGAUCUACCAAAGUCAUCAGAACCAGAGUAUACCAAGGAAAUCAAAGAUAAUCCUGAGAGUGCCUUCAGUAAAUUUAAAUUCAAAAUGGCAAAUGAACAGGAUGAAGAUGAAGAUAAGAAAGACAGUGUUAUGGAUAUUGAUUCAGAAGAUGAGUGUGCAGCAUACAGGCCUCAAACAACAACAACAACAACUACUACAACAGCAUCACCAUUAACAACAGCUGCACCUCCAAGAGGAUUCAUAGGUUUUUUCAAAAAGUUGUUAAAAGCAGCUGACAAAUUCCUUGAAAAAUACAACAUUCGUCGUUUGAAGUUCGGCACUAUCAUAGAAUUUUUAGAUAAACUUGGAAUGAACGAAAGUAAAGAAGCAAUGGCCAAAGUUAUGAUAACUAUAAAAGAGCUGAUAGACAAUAAACCUUGCGUCAGUCCACAGCAAAUGACUGAUGAUGAGUUAAUGAAUGAGCUUAUAGAACGUGGAAAAAGAGCAACUGGCACCAGAGAGGAAAUGAUUGAUACACUUUUAAGACUUGACCAAAAUUGCCCACUUGUAUCUUUCACAAUGCCAAAGAAUGUCUAUUGUACCUUUGACCAUUACUGUCUUGGGAUGGAAUGCUGUGUCAAUGUCAAACUGAUGAUGUUCCUCAAAGUUUUCAAAUUUUAUGCCAGACUGGAUCCCUGUUCAAAUCCCUUGAAAUUUGUAUUUGGAUUUGACCAAUAUAAUUAUACUGUUGAAAUCAAUGAAACUCAAAUAUAUGAAGUGAAUUUCAAACAGAUAUUCAACAAGAAAGCUUUGCUUCAGAGAAUGAAAGAUCAAGGGAAAGCUGUAAAAAAGUUGGCUUUAGUUGAGCUUCUUACAAAAUUCUUGGAAACUCUGCAUAUAAACAAGGAUACAUUUCUUAAUGGAAAACCUGCGCCAAGACCAGAAAUAAUGACAAAAGGUCAAAUAAUAGAUGAAUUGGAGUGUAGGAAUUUGUCAACUAAAGGUUCAAGGGACAUGCUUAAUGAAAGAUUACGGGAAGAUCAUCUUAGUUGUUCUUGCAAUGGUCAUGAUCAUAGCUUGCCAAAGAUUCAGGGAAAACUUUCUAAAGUGCUGUAUUAUACAAUACAAAAAGACUGUAUGAGAAUAGAUACUUGGACAGACAUAAGUUUGGAUAUUCUGGGAGAAACCUUCACACAGACGUUUAGUGCUUAUCUUGAUCUUAAUCCCUGCAGUUAUUUGCUGAAGGUCUCAUUUGAAAGAAAAAUUUUCCACAUGAUCCUGCUGGAUUAUAAAUGGGGUUCAGAGGAAAUAGAAGUAGUCUCUCCCAAUAUUAAAGUAAACUGCUUACUUACUUACUUAUCCUCUCCGUGCCCCGGAGGACGCAUGAGGCCGUUCAACAACGAACGCCACUUACGGCGGUCACUGGCAACAACUUCUCCCUCCUUCCAGCUGUUCCAACCCAGUUCUUCCCUUUCUCUCUCAACAGAGCGUCUCCAGGUGUUCUUUGGCCGUCCUCUUCUUCUCUUUCCCUCAGGGGCCCAGGUGAGAGCUGUUCUAAUGCCAGUGUAUUUUAAGGAUCCUCCUAAGGCAUUUUCGGUGGAAUUCUAUCACAAUGAUGAACAGGAACCCAGACAUAACACAUCCUUGUCUCACUCCUGUCUGUACUCUGAACCAGUCAGUUGUUCUUCCAUUCUCUAUGACACAACUAGAGCUACCAUCAGCUGCGGAAAUGGAUCUAUUGGAGAACUGCUGAAACACAUAGGCAUGGAAAAUGUUGAAGAUGCCUUUAACUUAAUAUUGAAAAAGUUUGAUUUAGAUGACGUGAUAACUUCUGAAGAAAUUUCUCUUCCCCCUUCACCCAUGGAUUGUCCUGUGAAAAUUGAUCCAACAAAGUAUUUAGAUCCAUCUACUAAACACAUGUUGAGAUGUGUUCAGCCAUCCAGCUGUUGGGGAAUUGAGUGCAGUCUUCAUUUAGCCUUCAACCUUCCUGAUACAAAUGCAAGAAUUACAAGAAAUGUUGCUUUCUCAUUUUCCUUGGACCCAUGUGAUUUUUCCAUUGAAAUCAAAUUUGGAGGAAAAAUUUUGAUUAAAUCCAACAUUUUACAAUUUGAAUUUGGGAAGCAAGCAGUUUUGACUUUUGGCUCUGGAAAUCCACCACCUGUUAAAAUUGUAUACAAAAUAAGUAAAAUUGAGGAAAGCAGAGGAUUUUUAGUGGACAUGAGAUUGACGAUCUGUUUCCCUAUUGUUGGAAACAAGUUUUGCAUUCCUAAUGAGAAAGGAUUCUUGUUGCUGGAAAAUCAAGAGAUUAGAGAAUGUGGCAGUAUUGAAUACAUUAAAUUUCAAAAUUUUUCUCUUACAAAUUGGAUUAGAGAGAAGGGCCUACCAGCAGAUAAAACGUUAGAUGAAGGAGCUCUGAUGUUGUUACUUGAGCAACUAAACUUGACACACUUCUUUCAACAAGAGAAAUGUGACCAAACAAGACCACCAUACAUUCCAUCAAUACAAGGAAUAAACAAUGAUUGUCCUGGUUCUAUUGCCAACCUUCCACUCCGGAUCCCGAGUCCUAUGUCCUGUUACAUCCCAGAUUACUGUACAGGAGUAGAGUGUUGUGCAGAGAUCCCAGUGCUGGGACUAGGCUUACAUCUCUUCGUGAAUUUAGACCUAAAUAAACUAGAACUGAGUUAUGGAGUUGAAAACAAGAUAUACAAAGUAAAACUAUUUGACUAUAUUUGGGGAGAUGAAGUAAAAGUAUCUGUUGACGGAAACUUAAUAGCAUUUAUCUUCAGCAUAAAACCACUGACUAACAGGGAUAUGUACAUCUUUAAUGCUCAUGUGUCUGUGUGUCUUGAUGAUGGAGACUGUUCUAUAAAAAUACCUAUAUUCUCUAACACAAAAAUACCAGCUGUCAGAAAAAUGCUUCCACAUGAUCAAAAAUUUUCUUUGACAAACUGGAUGAAAAACAUGAAUAUUGCAUCACUGACUGAUUUGAAAGACAAUGCAAAGACUUUGUUGAUUCAGCAGUUGCAGAUAGACAAGUUCCUCCUUGAUGCUACAUGUGACAUCCAUGAUGAUGCUUAUUCACCUUCAAAAAAAGGAUGGAGCAAUGAUUGUCCAUUGGAUUGGGUAGUGCCCCCAGCGAUUCCUUUCCACAAUGUGAAAUGUGCUCUGACAGAGAACUGUACCAGGAUUGACUGUUGUGUGGACUUCAGUCUUCUGAACCUGAAGCUUCACUUCUCCCUCCACUUUGACAGGUGUAAUUAUGUCAUCUCUGGUGGAAUAGAGAAAAAAACCUUCUCAUAUGGACUUCUGGAUUUCAACAAUUAUUGGGGCAAAGAAAUGGAGUUCAACAUUUUGAAUAUAGUGCAAAUGAGGUUUAAAGCCAAUCAGUUACCAGUAUCAAAGAAAUACAUCAUUGAUCUGAGUCUUGCUAUUUGCCUGGAGCCAAAUAAAUGUGAAUUUAAUGCCUCUGUUUUCCAUGAAACUCUCAUGCCAGUGCUUGAAUGUGAUCUUUCAAUGGGUUUCAAAUCAAAAGGUUUUUCUCUGACAAACUGGAUGAAUGAGCAAGGAUUGUCACUGGAGGGAAGCCUUUCUUCAGCUUUGUCCAACUCUCUGUUCAAGUUGCUGGGCAUUGAUUCAUUCAUGAAAGAGAAAUCCUGUUCCCGCUCAGAAAAACCAUACAGUAUCAACAAAUUACAGAAAGAUGGCUGGUCUUCAGAAUGUCCAGUGCAUAUACCAAUCUCGCAAUUAAGAGGAAGUGCAUCUUGUAACAUUAAGGAGUCCUGUACAGCUGUAUCUUGCUGUAUAGAGGUGGGCAAAAUAGGAAGGACAUUUGAAGUGGAACUGGACAUUGACUUUUGUAACCAGAAAAUAACCUUUGGGAUUGAGAAACUGACAGAAAGUCUCUCUCUACAGCUCUUUGACUUUGGUACAAGAAAGGAAAUGGUGAUAAUGGGUGUUGUAAAACUUGGAUUUACUAUAUGGGACAAUUAUGGGGAAGGAGUGUAUGUUGUGUCUGCAGAUGUAUCCAUCUGUUUAGAGGAUGGUGGAGAUUGUUUGAUUAAUGUUGACAUCCUCAAUAAAGCCAAACUUCCUAAACAGUCAUGUAUAUGGGAGACAAAUUUUCAUACAGCUGGUUUUUCUUUGAGACAGUUUAUGAAGGACAAUGUAUUGAGGAGUUUUGAAGGCAUACAAGGUCUUGCUUUAGAAGAACUCAAAGAAGAACUUGGUCUUCCUCAGUUUUUAUCCAACCCAUCUUGCUCAUUGUCUAGUGCAAUAUACCGACCCUCAAGAGAUGGAAUUAAAAAUGAAUGUCCUAAGCCCAUUGGAUCGUUGCCCUCACUUCCCUCCAACAUGAGAUGUGCUGUGACUGAGUCCUGUACUGGGAUAGACUGCUGUAUAGGAGCAGCACCAAUUCAUCACAACUUCCAUGUGUAUCUAGAUAUUGAUCCAUGCAGUCUGAAGAUGGAGUUUGGGAUUGAUAAAUUACAGUUCCAGCUCUAUUUACAAGAAUUUGAAUUUGGUGUGGAAAAAGAUGUCAGACUAGCAAAUGUUGUCAGAAUGAGGUUUACAAUAUGGGAUCUUGCAGCAGAAGACCAGUUUUUGAUUAAUUUUAGGACAAGCAUUUGUUUCGAGUCCUAUCUCCCAUGCUUGUUGGAUGUUGUAAUCUUCAAAGAACUGCGCUUACCAAAGAAAGAAUGUGAAUUUGGACAACAAAAUUCAAAUUUUUCAUUGCAUGGAUGGAAGUCCUCAAUGGGUUUAACAAUGAAUACACUGGAAUCAGCAGAUACAGACAGACUAAUGGAAUAUCUUGGAAUAGCUGGUUACCUAAGGAGAAAUCAGUGUAGUGCAGAAAGAGGAAUUAACACAAUCAAGGGAUGGAAUGAUGAAUGCCCUAAAUCUUCCUUAUAUCAGAAGCCAGAUUUAUCUGCUUUACCUGUGCUGUGUUCUAUAUCCACCAAAUGUACAGAGAUUCACUGUUGCCUAGAUGUGAAACCUGUUGGGAGAAGUUUUGAAGCUUUCAUUGACCUAGAUCCAUGCUACAAAACACUUGAACUGGGAAUAGAAGAGUACAGCAUUGAGGAUCUUGAAGACAAAUAUCUUGUGAACAUGAAAAUAGAUAUUUGUAUAGAGAAAGGACAACCCUGUUUCUUAUCCCAUGAUAUUGCUAAAGACUUGUAUCUGCCAAAAACUGAAUGUCAUUGGUCAUUUAAUCCUUCAGGAUUCUCCAUCUCUGAGUGGUACAAGAACAUGACCUUGACCCCAGGCUCAGUGCUGUCGACCACUUAUCUGUCCAUGCUAAAGGAGAGUCUAGGAAUCACCAAUUUCUUACUGCCCAGGGAAAAACAAUGUGACAGGAGGUCAGCUGUCUAUCUCCCACAGACUGAGGGUCAGGCUGGAUGGAAAAUUGACUGUCCGCUUGAUGUGGGUAACAUGACCCAGUUAACUAGUUCCCUUCCCAUCAGCUGUCACCUGAUGAGCCACUGUACUGCUGUGGAAUGUUGUCUGGAUUUUCAGGAUCCUCUACAACAGACAAUCCAUUUCCUCCUGAAUCUGGAUCUGUGUCUCCAGACUCUCAAAGUGGGAAUAGAGAAACUCUCCUAUGAAAAGACACUGUUCUCUUACCAAUAUGGUGUGGAGGACAGCUUCAUCUUGAUGGAUGUGGUCCAGUUGAGGUACAAAAUUGAAGAUAUUGACAGGAGUGACUUAGAGUUAACAGCAGAAAUCAAGAUAUGUCUAGAGGAGAAAACUUGUGUCUAUGAGUCUCUUUUGUUCGAUAAACAGAGGAUACCGAAACCUGGGUGUAACUGGAACCUAAACUUUACAGUACCAGAUUUCUCCUUGACAAAUUGGUACAGUGGUAUAGGUGCUGAUAUUGGAUCUCAGCUCUCCACCCUGGAUGCUGCCAAACUUCUAGAAGAACUUGGAAUUGCUAAAUACAUGAAGGGGGUUCCUUGUCAGAGAUCUGGUCCAGUAUACAGUCCUGCUGUCAAUGGGUGGAAAAAAGACUGCCAGUUGGAAGUUGAUAUGAUGCAAAUCUCUGACUCCGUCACAUGUCUGGUGAAGGACUCCUGUACCUCAGUCAGUUGUUGUAUGGAUGUUGGAUUCAUGAAGACAUCAUUUGAAUCUUAUCUUACAUUGGAUGCCUGUAACUAUUGGAUGGAAGUUGGUAUUGAGAAGCUGUCAUUUAACAUCAGUCUCAAGGAUGUGACAUUGGGCAUAAAGAAUCAGUUCUACCUGAACAGUGUGAUUCGUAUUGAUUACAUGAUUGAAGAUUUGCCAGUGGAGAGACAAUUUAGAGUAUCCCUGACAUUAAAAGCUUGUUUUGAGGCCUCUGAUGAUUCUAAAUGUCUGAUCAACAUUGAUGUCUUCAAGAACACCCUGGUGCCCAAGUCAAUCUGUGACUGGACUGCAAGUUUUUCUACUCCAAAUUUUGACCUGGAUGCCUGGUACAGUAAUCUUGGCAUCAGUCCAGGAUCAGUUCUCUCCCUUGUCAAUAAAGACAAGCUGUUGAAUGAGCUUGGAAUCCGAUCUUAUUUAAGUACCAAUCCUUGUUCAUUUACCUCUCAGACCUUUAGUCCAGCCAACAGUGAUGGAUGGAAAAAUGAUUGUAAGAAAGACUUAACUAAUGCUCUUCCUACCCUGCCAUCCAAUGUGAGAUGUAACAUACCGUCCUUUUGCACUGGAGUAACUUGCUGUAUUGAGGAAAGUAAAGUAUUAAGGAGGCAACUCACAGUGGGAGUGGAACUAGAUGACUGCAACCAUGUCCUGACAUUCCAAGUAGAACAACUCAAAAUCAAAAUACAGCUCCAUGACUAUUCAUUCGGUGUAACUGAAAAAAGAUACUUGAUGAAUGUAGUUCAGUUUGAGUUUAGAAUAGAUGAAGUUCCUGCAGAGAAAGCUUACAAAAUAUCAGCCUCUCUAAAUGUUUGUUAUGGAGUAGGACCCUGUACCGUAGAUUCCCUACACUUACUCAAGGAUUUUAAACUUCCCAAAACACUGUGUGAAUGGGGCACUGGCUUUCAGAAAGAUUUUUCUGGAACCUCCUGGUUGUUGGACAAAGGUUUAAGUCUUGACUCAGUCCUGUCCUCAGCUGAUGCCACUGACCUGUUAUCAACAUUAGGAAUACAGGACUUCCUUAAAACAGCUGAUCAGUGUGACCGCAGUAGUUCUCUAUACAGCCCCAACAUCAAAGGAUGGAAAAAUGAGUGUCCAAACACUGGUGUCCCUUCACCCUUGCCAAGCUCAGUCUCCUGCCACAUCCCACAACUCUGUACUGGGAUUGACUGCUGUGCAGAAAUUGGAUUUCUGGGAGGUAGAACUAUCAAUGUACAGGUCCUAAUGGACCCGUGUGAAGCCAUCAUGAGUCUCAACAUAGAAAAGAUGCAAUACAACUUGACACUCUUUGACUAUGACUUUGGAACAACAGAUCAUUUCACACUGCAGGGAGCCAUAAGAAUUGAUUUCAACAUCCAGAAUUUGGUCAUACAAAGAAAGUAUUUAGUCAAUAUGAAUCUGAGUUUAUGCUUAGAAUCCUCCAAUCCCACAGCCUGUGUUUACUCAGCAGCUAUCUUCAGAAACGCCCUGCUACCAAAGAAACCAUGUAAUAUGAACCUCGACUUUAUCAAUCCAAGUUUUGACCUGACAUCAUGGAAAACCCUGAAUAACUUUGGCCCUACCCUAUCUCCAGAGGAGACUAAGUUGUUGUGGAGAGAGAUUGGUUUAGAGGAAUAUGUUGGAGUGGGGUGUUCUAAGUCAUCCCCACCCUACAGUCCUCACACACACCCAGGCUGGAAUGUCCCCACAA